AUGAACGGGAACGGGAAUCGUGACUAUGGGGACGAGCACGACAGGGAGUAUAGAGAGAUGGUAGAGAUCGACGUUCAACGUCAACAUCAGCAGCAGCAUGAACAAAGACAGCAGCUUCAGCACGACCAGCAACAGCAAGAAUACUUCCAGCAAGACUUGCGGUCGCCAUAUGGUCCGCCUGAGCAGCUGCAGCAUCAGCCAGCUUACACACCUUACUCACCAUAUCAGUCAGAGUUUGAGGAUAUGCAGCAGGGUAGAUCAAUCACAGAGCAAGGUAGACCUUCUCGCCCUUCGCCCGCACACUUGGAGGAUCACAGCCCGGCGCCUGAAUGGCCUCCUCACAUUGCCAGCAGCCCGGGGCAGUACUUCCACGAUACGCCGGGCGGUUCUCGCUCAGGAACACCGUCUCUUCUCAGCGGCCAAGAGACACCCGCCCGCCUGCACUACCACGCAGGCGACUCAUCAGUCGACUGGAGACCAUCCAGCCUCAUGGUACCCAGCCCCAGCGUCCGCACCCUCGUCAACAAGUCGUCCAAUGUCACUGACCAAACUUUUUCUCGUGACAAACAGAACCAGAGCCACCUCAGUCUAGCAGCCUUAUUGCCAAACGGUUCUCCGCAGAACAGCAGCGACAACACGCUCGCCAAGGAGUACAUCGUCGACAGCAGCGCUAUUCAGACCGUUCACAAGCGUGACGAUGUUGAUAUCUGGAAGGGAUGGAAGAGAUGGGUGUUUAAGCUCGUCCCCGUGCUGACGUUUAUGAACACGGGACUCUACAUGGCCUAUCUGGCUCUGAGAAUUGCCUGUGUUAUCUGGGCGCAGAAUGCAGCAGGGCAGACGUACGAGGGAGCGUGGGUGUUUAUCGCCGUCGAGAUUGCCGUUGCCAUUCCCUCAUUAAUGCACAACAUCUGGACAAUGUGGUCCAUGAAGAAGCGACAGCGACCCAAGUUGAGAGUGACAGGAAACGACGUUCCCACUGUUGAUGCAUUCGUCACGUGCUGUGGUGAGGAAGACGAUCUGGUCAUGGAUACUGUACGUGCGGCGUGCGAUUUGGACUACCCUCGCGAUCGAUUCCGAGUUAUCAUUCUGGAUGAUGGAAAGUCUGCCGGUCUCGAAGAUCAGUGUAACAAGCUGGCCAUGACAUACCCCAACUUGUACUACAUGGCUCGACCCAAGAUUCCCGGCCAGCCUCAUCAUUUCAAGGCCGGUAACCUCAACUAUGGUCUCGACGCCGUGCACAAGCUGCCUGGAGGAGCUGGUCAAUUCAUGGCCGCUCUGGAUGCCGAUAUGAUUCCUGAGCGUGACUGGCUCCGUGCUAUUAUUCCUCACAUGCUCAUCGAUCCCAAGAUGGCUCUCGCUUGUCCACCCCAACUCUUCUACAACACUCCUCCCUCUGACCCCCUCGCCCAGAGUCUCGACUUUUUCGUGCACGUCAUUGAACCUAUUAAGGAUGCUCUCGGCGUCGCCUGGUGUACGGGAUCCGGUUAUGUCGCCCGCCGUGAAGCUCUCGACCAGAUUGGCAACUUCCCUCUCGGUUCUCUAGCUGAAGAUGUCGCUACUUCAACUCUGAUGCUCGGUAAGGGCUGGAGGACGGCCUUCAUCCACGAACCUCUCCAAUUUGGUACUGUUCCUGAGGAUUACGGCGGUCAUCUGAAGCAGCGUACACGGUGGGCUAUUGGAACGGUCGACACCUCGUUCAAGCUCAACUUUUGUCUCUGGGGUGACAAGGUUCGCCAAAUGACGACUGCUCAGCGAUUCUCGGGUUUCCUGUAUGCUUCGCUGAGUCUGUACACUGUUCUUCUCACCAUUUCGAUGUUCGCCAUUCCCAUUAUCCUGAUCAUGCAGAAGCCUCUUGUCGCGUACGCAACUGAUGAGCAGCUCCGAUGGUUGAUCCGAGCCUGUUUUGCGUCUGUCAUCUCGAACCGCCUGUGCGAGUUUGCUCUGUUCAUUCCUGCAGGUUACCACACUGGACAGCGAGGUUCACGAUACCAGCUCUGGAUGUCUCCUUACAUCGCGCUUUGCAUCAUCCGUUCAUUCGUCCUCCCAACAUGGCUUGGUGGUCAAACACAAGCCUUCAAGCCGACCGGAUCUUUGGGUUCAGCCCUCAACGAGCGUGACGCUAAGCUCCGAAAGAACAUGUUCCGUCGUCUUUGGGGCAUCCUCAUCAAUUACAUGGCCAUCUUUCACCUUUUCUUCGUGUAUCUUACCCUCGUGGCUGUGGUGCUCACGUCGUUCCGUUCGUUCGUCACGACCGACACGGUGCGCGACACGCUCACCGCCCUUCUCACGCACGCCUUUUGGCCGCCCCUGACAUUCCUCUUCAUCUGCAGCUCUCUCUGGACGCCCAUUUCGUACGCAAUCGACCCACCGGCGAUGCCCGACCGGGAGGACCUGCUGAACCGCGAUCCCAAGACGCAAGUGGCGCACCCGACGCCGCAGAGCAAGAAGAUUGCGUUUGGCGGUCAGGCUGCGUGGUUCGAGCUGGAGUACACUGUCACCACGGCUUACACGUGUCUCGUGUUUGUCGCCUCAUUCAUCUUUUAG